UGCUCAAGUUGCAUGUUUUCAGCACGAAGUGUGGGUCUAAUAGGAAUAUGUAGUUUGAGCGUCUGGAGUUUGAUCUGUCCUUAAAAUGUCCAAACUACAGGUGUUGGGUGCGUUUAUUACCGAGCGGCUAACAGCAGCGGCUAUGGAGAUAUUUGGUUCGGCGGAGAAGACGUUAGAAGAGUACCAGGAGCGGCUAACAACAGCGGCAGUGGAUAUAUUUGUUGUGGUAGAAAAGACAGUAGCAGAGGUACAGGGAGAGAACGACCGUCUACGGGGGCUUCUUCUGGAUCAUUUAGGAGCAGACCCCCAACAGCUAACUCUCCCUGAAGAGGAGGUUCCCCCUAAACAGCAGCAGCACUGUGAGCAGGAGUGGAGCCCCAGUCUGGGGCAGGAGGACCCAGAGCCCACACCGAUUACAGAGGAACAGGAGAAACUCAGGACCAGUCAGGAGGAAGAGCAGCUUCAAAGACUUAGGUCUGCUACCACAGAGGUCAUACAGUUGAUAUUUAUUCCUCGCUGUGUGGAAAGUGACUGCGAUCAGGACAGCAAAAGGGACUCUCUACCCACCAACACAACUGAACAGGCCCAAUCAGAAUCAGAUGAAGAGGACUACAGAGCAUCAGAACCAACCAGUGACUCUCAGCCCCUCUCUGCAGUAAAUCCAGACUGUUCUGCAGCGCCAAGUGAAAUCAUUGUAAGUAUUGAUGAGGAGGAGAGUGAAGAGCUACCGUCGGGGUCAAAGAGAACCCGGGCAAAGAAAGGACAAAGCUCUCAAGUCUGCACUGAGGCCAAGACAACCAAUGAGCAGAAAGCACCAUUGAAGUGUCACACAAGCAAGAGACUCUACAAGUGUCCUGUGUGCAUUAAACAGUUUAAGGCACCAGUCAGUUUAAAAGUACAUCAGAGAAUUCACAAAGCAGAGAAACGACACAAAUGUCCUUUCUGUUGUGAAAGCUUUAAAUCACUAAACGGUCUACAGCGACACAAAAACGUUCACACAGGUGAGAAAAAGGGACCACAGCAGUGUCCUGUGUGCAGUGAAUCCUUUCUUUGCACAGCUUCUUUAAAAGAUCAUCAGCGAAUUCACACAGGUGAAAAAAGAUAUCUGUGCAAAGAAUGUGGCAAAUCCUUCAGAGUCAAGACUGACUUCGACAAGCAUAUGAGCACUACUCACCCAGAUGCAAAACCAUACAGCUGUCCUGUGUGCAAUGAAUGUUUCAACACGCCAGGCACUCUGAAAAUACAUCAGAAAACUCAUGGAGCAAAUCCAUGUCUCUGUCCUGUGUGCAAUAAGUGCUUUAAAAGACCACGCUACCUGAAGGAACACCACCAGAAGUUUCAUGGUAUUGAGAAACCAUACAAGUGUGCAGUGUGCAGUAAAAGUUUUUAUAAUGUAAGCCAUUAUAAAGUACAUCAGAGAAAUCACACGGGGGAGAAACCCUUCAAGUGUCCUGUGUGUAUUAAAAGCUUUACUAGCUCAGGUCUUUUAAAAAUACAUCAGGUAAUUCACACAGGUGAGAAGCCACAUAAGUGUAAAGAAUGUGACAAAUGCUUCUACCGCAAGGGGCAUCUGGUCAAGCAUAUGAGGACUCACACAGGGGAGAAACCAUAUUGUUGCCGAGAAUGUCAGAAAUGCUUCACUCAAAGGUCAUCAUUAAAAGACCAUAUGAGGAUUCACACAGGGGAGAAACCAUAUUGUUGUAAUGAAUGUGAGAAACGCUUCACUCAAAGGGCAACAUUAAAAGUGCAUAUGAAGAUUCACACAGGGGAGAAACCAUAUCAGUGUAAAGAGUGUGACAAAACGUUCAGUCAAAAACAUGAACUGAGAAAGCAUAUGAGAGUUCACACAGGGGAGAAGUCAUACAAGUGCCCUCUUUGUGAAAAAUGCUUUAAAUCAUUGGGUGGGCUGAAACAACACGAGGUGAAUCACUCUGGAGAGAAACCGUCAUAUCUCUGCAGCGAUUGUGGCAAAAGCUUCCGAACGAUGAGUUACCUGAGGGUGCAUAUGAAGACUCACACAGAGAAAGAACCAGGGACUCACACAGAGGGAGAACCAGGGAUUCACACGGAGAGAGAACCAGGGACUCUGACAGAGAGAGAAUUGAGGAGUCACAAAAAGAGAAGACUGCAUAUGUGUCCUAUAUGUGGAAAAGGCUUUGCAUAUCCAAACGUUCUAAAAAUCCAUCAGCGAAUUCACACUGGGGAGAAGCCGCAUCAAUGCCAUGUUUGCAGCAAAAGAUUCAUUCAGAAAUGUGAUCUGACGAGACAUAUGAGGACUCACACAGGGGAGAAACGAGGAGAAAAUCAAUCAGAGAAACAGUUUUAUCUCUGCAGUGAUUGUGGCAAGUGCUUCCAGGAGAAACGUUAUCUGAAAAAGCAUAUGAGGAUCCACACAGAGAGAGAUCCGGGGACUAAAACAGAGAGAGAGCUGCAUAAGUGUCCUAUUUGUGGAAAAGGCUGUACAUCAUUGAGUUAUCUCAAAGACCACCAGGGAAUUCACACGGGACAGAAACCGUAUCUGUGCACUGUUUGCGGCAAAAACUUCACUUGGAAGGGAGUCCUUAGAGAACAUAUGAAGACUCACACAGGGGAGAAAUCACAUCAGUGUCAUGUCUGCAGCAAAAGGUUCAUUUAUAGCAGAAAACUGUCACUUCAUAUGAUGACUCACACAGGGGAGAAGCCUUUUAAGUGUUCUGUAUGUGGGAAAGGUUUUACAUCAUCGGGUGAUCUAACACGCCACAAGCGAAUUCACACUGGAGAGAAACCGUAUCGCUGCAACGAUUGCAACAAAUGCUUUAGUCAGAUCAGUUCCCUUAAAUCACACAUGAAGAAUAUUCACUAGAGCGAGAACACAAGUGUACAUUGUGUCAGUUUGAAUAUGAAAAGGCUUAUUCUAACUGACACCUGUAAGAGAACAUACCCUCAGGUUUGAUAAUGACAGAAUUAAACUGUCCUGUAGGCUCAGCCCUAACUUAUGUGAUCUCUGUCACCUCUGGGUCUGCAUGUUAAAUGGCCCAGGAAAACAAGGAAAACACUCAAGGGCCCUUCCCCCGUCAAGAGGCCAAAAGGCCUCUCUCACACAGUAUCCAGCGGACUGACUGUUGAAAUGUGUGCGUUAGUGAUGCUGUUUCCUCCAUGUUUGGUAUCUCAGAAACUUCUGAAGAGAACUUUGAUGCCAUCUAUGUGGAUGUAUGAUCUGUGGUAACUUGUAUCUGUACAGGGUGAACUUUAAACUACUGUAUGCAAAGGAGUUUUAUUGUCCUUAGGAAUUCUGCCUUAUUUGCAUUUGGUUUCAUCCCCCACACAAGCCUUUAGAUACUGUGACAUCCUGUGGAGAUUGGGCCUGGGUGAUCAGGUUACUGUAACUUGGUAUCGUUUGGUUGGUUGGUUUUGGUUUGAUAAAGUUACCUUGAAAUGUUAUAAAUGGAAUGCCUUUGUUCUGUGUCUUCCUCCUUUUCUACACUCUACAGAAAGGUUGUAGGAACAUGUUUUUCUUGUAGGCUGUUCGGUCUGAGUAGGCCUGUUUUCUUCAUGCUUUGCCUUGUAACUGUAAGACCCCCCCCCCCCCAAAAAAAAUGGGGGGGUCACAUACACCUGA